AUGAAACGUUUGAAGCAGCAGCUCUACGCAGAUCCUAUACCAGUUGAUCUACUUAUCGAGAUAUUCUCUCGACUCCCUAGAAAGUCUAUAGAUAGGUUUCGUUGCGUAUCAAAAUUCUGGGGAUGCAUACUCCGUCGUCCUGAUUUCACCGAGUUGUUUUUGACCAAGUCUUCCACUCGUCCAAGGCUCUUUUUCACCGUGAAAGCUGAUGGCAAGUUGUUCUUCUACUCAUCACCACAACCUCAAAAUCCAAAUGAUAGCUCUACUCUUUUAGCCACACGUUAUCAUGCGUCAUUCCCCGAAUAUUUUCCAUCUGAUACGUGUUCUACGGUCUAUGGAUUGGCCCUUCUUCAGCAUUAUAACGGGAAGCUGCGAGUGAUUUGUAACCCUAUCACGGGAGAGUUCCUAACCUUACCCAAACUGCUUCUGAAAAACAAAAACGAAGUGAAAGCUAAAGGGAAGAGUAAUCACACCACGAGAGAAAGGAUUGCAAUAAUCUCUCUUGGCUACGAUCCGAUCAACAAACAGUUCAAGGUGUUGUGUAUGACCUCGUCACUCGAUGAAAGACCCAACACUUAUCAAGUUUUGACAUUGGAGUCUGGAAAACGUUUGUGGAGAAAGAUGGAAUGCAAAUUCCAUUUUUCUUUUAUGAGGAAUAGUAGAGUUGGUAAUGAAAUAUGCAUAAAUGGUGUUUUGUAUCUCGGAGCUACGAUUGGAAAAUCUUCGGUGAUAGUUUGCUUUGACGUCAGGUCUGAGGAGUUUGGCUUUAUUAACUUGGAUAAGGGCAUGUCAGGACAGUAUUCUGAUUCUUAUGUUUGUGGUCACUUGACUUUGUUCAACUACAAAGGUAAAUUAGGUAUACGUGACAACACAGGAAGGGAUGAAGAACUUGUGUUGUGGGUUAUAGAAGAUGCUCAAAGUCAUAAAUGGUUUAAGCAGACCUACAAAUUGCCUCGUUUAGCUCACUUCAGGGAUUUUCACUUUGUUGGAAUGACUGGUACAGGUGAAAUCGUGUGGUCGUCGUACAAUAUUAUUUCCAGCGUUUACUUGUACAAUCUCGAGAGGAAAACGUUUACAAGAGUUAAUAUUCAGGGAUUUGAAGAGCUUGAGGAGCGUCAUACUAUUCACACCUUUGUCGACUAUGUGGAGAAUCUCAAGUUGAUGUAA